CUUCUUUGUGGUGAGGACCAGCCUUCCCCGGGUUCCCCUUUGCCACAUCUGCAACUUCUCUGCACCCAGGCUGUGAAGAUGGAACGGGAAGGGGUUCAACCCCUGGAGGAGAACCUGGAAAAUGGAUCAAGGCCAAGGUUCAAGUGGAAGAAGCUGUCGAUGGUGGUCUCUGGGAUCCAGGGAGUGGGGCUGCUCCUGUGCCUGGUCUACAUCUGCCUGCACCUCCAUCCUGCUCAGGUGAAGCAUCCUCCAAUCCAAAGUCUCCGAGCACAAGUUACCAGAUGUGAGAAUGGGAGACUGUUCUUCAGCCUACCCAGGAAUGAGUAUCAAACCAUGGAGAUGAAGAACAGCUCAAUUACCAUCACUUGUGAUGGGCUUUAUCUCAUCCACAUGAAGGGCUCCUUUUUCCAGGAGGUCAAGAUCAACCUUCACUUCCGAAAGAGUCGAAGUCCCAUCUCUAUGCCCAUGCUGAACAAUGGUCAAAGGGUCGACUUCACUAUGGUAGCCUCUUUGGCCUACAAAGAUAUAGUUUACUUGACUGUAAAUACUCCUGAUGCUUCCUGUGAACACCUGCAGAUAAAUGAUGGGGAAUUGAUUGUUGUCCAUCUAACUCCUGGUGGAUUCUGCCCACUGAAGAUUUAUGGCAGCACUGUGAAUCAGGUGCCACUGUGA